AUGCAAGAUCCUUUCGGCUGUGUCGAGGACAUGCAUCUCUCCGACGCUUACACUGUCAUGCUCGGUGAUAAUGUAUCGCCGUAUCGCGAGAACGACGUGACCGCGAAGAGUGUCGAGUCUGGCCAUGAGGACGCCGCGCAACGCCGAGCCCAGGAGGACGAACUUAAAGCACAACAGCUGGCCACGACCCAGGCAAAGCUUUCGCUCGACCAGACAUUGGCAACUUCGGCCACUGGGAGGCAAGACCACGGCAAUAUCGCUCGGAAGUUUGUCCCUCAGCUCAAGAGGAGAGGCAUCUUCGUGAAGGCCUUGGGCAACCAGAGACAGGAACGAUUUUCUGAGGAAAAGGAAGCACAAUACGUUAUUACCAAUUCAGCCCUUGCCGCUCGAGCUUCAUUUUGCCGCACCGGGCCAUUGCUAGGCCGUACCUGCGUCUACCCCUCCAUCGAGGAGCCUUUCGGGGGAGAGGGUGAGAAACGUGUAGCAGGAUUCCUCAACGUGAUCUUGGCAACAGCAGCCCUGAGACGCUGCAGUUCCGCAGCCGCGACCGUUACGAUUGUGAAGCAAGCAACCUCGUUUCAACUGAAUAUGGACCGCCGGGCUGCGUGUCUGGAAGUUGGCAUCUGGGAGAGGGCGGCCGAAACAGAGUGGACAAGAGAGGUCACCGACUUCAAGCGUCGGCCGCCCAGUAGCACAUACUUGUUCCGCGAUGGCGGCGGUUGUCUUUGGCCAUCUACUGAGUUGGCAGAAGAGCCAUCAACUCAUCAUAGAAAGGAACCAAACGUAAGAGAGUUCAGCUACCGAACAGAUAGUUCAGAGUUGAGAUGGAGACGAGAUCGCUACUGGAUGUCGAUGAUUGAGCCACCAAAAAGAAAGUAUCUCAACCCGUCUAUCCUCUUGACCCGGGUCCGUUCGGCAGAUGCGCACUACAUCUUGCAAGUUCCAAACCGUCUGAAACUCUGGACGACGGACGAGGGGAAGCAGGAGCGGGAACGUCUAAAAGAGGCUCGUAGGUCCGAAGCUCAAUCGCUCCAUCGGAUAUCGGACGGAAAGCUGCCCGGUUUUGCUCGCGUUGUCUAUCCAACCGAUCGAUCUGGGGAGUUUGAAAGAUGA